CUGUCAUCAAACACAGUCAUAUAGUUUCGACUUCACACAUUUUGUACACAUGUAGUUAUUAUCUUCAAAUAAUUAUUAUCAACCUGAUCGGUUCGUAUACGUUCGAUAUGAUACGAGACAGUAUAGAUAACCAGUGCGUCACCAGUUGAAGCACGCUAGCUCGCCCCAGAAACCAAACGCUGGCGAGUUGUCUGUCAUAUCGUAACUGUUCAUUCUUUAUUUAUUUGUAAGUUACACAAAUAGUUUUAUUUCCCUUUAUUAAAUUAUUAAUUUUGUUAUAGUGAAUAAAAACUUUUUUACCAGUGUGAGUGUAAUUAAAGUGUGUUAAGUUAGUAUUAUAAUAAAAAGAUGGUGAUUCGAAAAUAUUUUAUCGGUUUGCUGAUUAUUUUUACGGUUAUUUUGUUCACAUUUUUUUAUGAUCUGAUGAACUAUUAUGAGGAAGUGACAGACUUUCAGAAUUUAAAACAAUUAAAUAUUUCAUUAAAAUAUAUUCUAGUUUGGACAUCACUUAAGACUGAUCCAAUUUUUAAUUUACGAGUAGCUAGAAACGCAUUCAUUGAGAGAUCAUGCCCGGUUACGAACUGUUUUGUGACGGGAAACAGAAAUUUGUUGGAAGACAUAACAGAGUUCGAUGCGAUAGUGUUUCAUGCUCCAGAAUUUGUACAAAAGGGUGUGAGGGAGUUACCUCAGCCACGUAAACCACACCAGAAAUAUAUAUUCGCAAGUAUGGAGUCCGCAGCAUAUUAUCCAAUCUGUAAUGAGAGAUUCCUGAACUUUUUCAAUUGGACAUGGACUUACAAAUUGAACUCUGAUCGAAACUAUGCUUACAUGUCUGUGUGGGAUAAGGAUGGUAAUGUGAUAGGACCUAAAGAAGAAAUGCAUUGGAUGAAGGUGGAGGACAUGUUGCCAAUUAAUGACACGUUGAAGAAAAUAUUGGAUGGCAAGACGACGGCAGCUGCGUGGUUCGUAUCGAACUGUAAAGCACCAAGUGGACGAGACUCGGUUGCCAAAAAGCUUCAAAGUGAACUACAGACGUAUGGUAUGCGGUUGGACAUAUAUGGUUCUUGUGGAACCAUGAGGUGUCCAAGAUCCAAAACGGAAGAAUGCUUGCGCAAAUUGCGGACUGAUUACUAUUUUUACUUGUCUUUUGAGAAUUCGUUCUCGGAAGACUACGUGACGGAGAAAUUGUUGAAUGCACUCGACAAUUACGCUGUACCUGUGGUGUAUGGUGGCGCGAAUUACACGAGAUUCAUGCCCGAUGGAAUAUAUUUGUCUGCAAACACAUUGACAAUAAAAGAACUGGCCAAGAAGAUGGUGGAUAUUAUACAGAACAAGGAGUUAUACUACGACUACUUCAAAUGGCAUAACCAUUACAGUUACCGGGACGUAGUGGCUUCAGUAACCACGGAUCCUUACUGCAAAUUGUGCGAGGCAAUCAAUAAUGAAAAAGAAAUGUCAAAAACAACAAUUUACGAAGACAUUGGAAUGUGGUGGAGCCCCGAGAAAUGUCAAGUUAAACACUAAUACUUCCUUAAAUACAAAGUUAGGCUAACCUACAUAAAAUUACGAAAUUAAUUUACUUGGGUAUGUUUUUAUUCUUCGCCAAAGAAUUACAAGUAUAUGUAUACCUACCACACAAAAUAAUUGAUCAUCAAUUAUUUAUUUUUUCAUAAAAAAUAAUAAUUUCUAAACAUUCUUCACAUCACAUCAACAGCCUAUAAGUGCCUAAUAAUGUUCUAAGGCCUCUUCUCACACAGAGAAGAUGAGUAAUUACUGCUUUUGCUCAAGGCGGGUUGGAAUUUUUAAUUAAUCAAAUAAAAAUGUAUCAAUCAUGCUUUGAAUCUAUAUUUUAGUUACUCAUAUUAACACUAGGUUUUUCCAGCUUCUGUCCAGAAACCCCUGGGUUUCGUUCCUAUGCGAUACAAUAUAGUUAAUGUUAUUCCAGAUUAUAUUUUUUUUUCUUAAGGGAGUAAAUCAUCGAAUGACUGCUCCAGCCUGGGUGAGGCGGAAGGGAGUGUCAGACUCUUACUGACUAAAAACCACCCCGUUCCUUCUCCUGCGCUUCGAGCCGGAGCCCCGGUUACCCGUUAGGUUCUCCGCGAC